ACACUGGCCGCCACACAUAUAUAACAUACCUGAAUCUAUACAUUUCAUUUUCCCUUUUCACUCUCCAGAGCAGCAGAUCGGAGCUACUUUUUUCCUCAAAAAAAUUCUCCGAUCUAUCUCUUUAAAAAUCAAUAAUCAUGUCAAUUUCCGAUACAUCUCGUCAAUCUCUGAUCCCUAACUACCUCUAUUCUGCUUCAUCAACCACAUCUAACUUACUGAAUCUGAACAAAUUUAGCAACAAUUCAAAACCUAGCUUGUUUUCUGCACCUCCUAUGGAACCGAAACAGCAACAGAAUUUCAUGAUAGGUGCUCCGAGCGAGCCGUUUGGUAAGAUCGAGAUGUAUUCGCCUCGAUUUUACGCUGCUUGUACUGCUGGUGGUAUUUUAAGCUGUGGUUUGACUCAUAUGACUGUUACUCCUCUGGAUCUCGUUAAAUGUAACAUGCAGAUCGAUCCUCUUAAGUACAAGAGUAUCUCGUCUGGUUUUGGGGUAUUGUUCAAGGAGCAGGGUGUUAAGGGUUUCUUCAGAGGAUGGGUCCCUACUCUGCUUGGUUACAGUGCCCAGGGUGCUUGCAAGUUUGGAUUCUAUGAGUUCUUCAAGAAAUAUUACUCUGACAUUGCUGGCCCGGAGUAUGCUGCUAAGUACAAGACUUUGAUCUACCUUGCUGGUUCUGCAUCUGCAGAGUUUAUUGCUGACAUUGCUCUUUGUCCCAUGGAAGCAGUCAAGGUUCGUGUCCAGACACAGCCUGGUUUUGCCAGGGGUUUGAGUGAUGGACUUCCGAAGUUUGUCAAAUCUGAAGGCGUGCUUGGGUUAUACAAGGGGUUGGUGCCGCUAUGGGGACGCCAGAUACCAUAUACGAUGAUGAAGUUUGCUUCAUUUGAGACUAUCGUUGAGGCGCUUUACAAGUACGCCAUCCCUACACCCAAAAAUGAAUGCAGCAAACCCUUUCAGCUCGGUGUCAGUUUUGCUGGUGGUUAUGUGGCUGGUGUUCUCUGCGCUGUUGUAUCUCAUCCUGCUGAUAAUCUUGUCUCCUUCCUAAACAAUGCUAAGGGAGCAAGUGUUAAAGAUGGUAUAAAGAAGUUUGGAUGGUGGGGUCUGUUCACCCGGGGGCUUCCCCUACGUAUUGUCAUGAUCGGAACCCUCACUGGAGCUCAAUGGGGAAUCUAUGAUGCUUUCAAAGUUUUUGUUGGGCUGCCGACCACUGGUGGUGCUGCACCUCCAGCUGCCAUUGAGGCUGCAAAAGCCUAGGAUUUAUCAAGUUUCUGGGGCCUGAGGCAAUGCUUAUUUCGUCAAAAAGAUUAAUAAGUAUAGGGUAUAUGCUGCUGCUGCUUUCAUUAUUUUUGGAAACCUGAAAUAGGUGGUCGUCCUAACAUGGUUCUAUUAUUAUUUGGGUAUCUAGAUAAGAUUGUGUUGCUCUCAUCCAUUUGGAAAGUUUUGGGUAGGAUUUGGUACGAAAUAUGUAUCAUGAUGUUUUCCUGUUGAAAAAAAUAACGGGCCUAUUGAAUGAAAUUGGCCAAGACAUUUUGUGAAGGCCUGAAACCGGUUCUCUUUUUCAAUAUUCUUCAUGGUUUUGUUGUUA